AGAGGGUAAAAUAUGUCACAUCAUUGUCCUAGAAUUGUAUGCAAGUCGUGGAAAAAGGCCUUCUUUUACAGCCUUCAUAUAUUUCCUAAGCAAUCUUUUGGAGGGUUCAUUUCUAUUUCCCCACCAGAAACUGAAACCGAAACCAUGGCUGAAGGAGUUCUGGUCCAUGUUGCUGGUAAUAUCUUGAUGAAGCUAGGCUCCAUAACUUCCCAAAUGGUUGGAAUGGUGCCUGGACUGGAGGAUGAUCUUACCAAACUCACCGCCACUGUUUCGGCCAUUAAGAAUGUACUUGUUGAUGCAGAGGAGUGCCAAACUAAAACUCACGCACUACAGAAUUGGCUCCAAAAGCUGGAAGAAGUUUUUUAUGACGUGGAGGAUAUGCUUGAUGAAUUCUCCUAUGAGGCUCUCCGUCGAGAACUCACGACGACUAGAGAAAAAAAUACAAAAAAGGUACGCAUCUUCUUCUCCGGAUCUAACCUAAUUUCAUUUAAUUAUAGGAUGACUUGCAAGAUGAAGAAUAUUUGGGAGAGGCUAGAUGCUGUUGAUGCUGAGAAAGAACAAUUUCAUUUGCGUGAAAAUUAUGGUUCAUUUGACCAAAUUACGAUGGAAAGAAACGAAACUUGCUCUUUUUCAAAUGAAGAGGAGGUGAUUGGAAGGGAUGAUGAUAAGAAAAAAGUGAAGCACCUUUUGUUGGAUAUGGAUAUGAAUGUCAUGCACAAUGUUUUGUUCGUUAUGAUAGUUGGAAUGGACGGGAUAGGCAAGACGACUUUGGCUAAAUCUCUCUACAAUGAUGACGAUGUAUCAAAAUGUUUCGAUUCAAGAAUAUGGAUUUGGGUUUCUGGUCAAUUUGAGGUUAAAGUAAUCGUGAAAAAAAUGAUAGAAUCGGCAACAGGAAGCUCUAUUAAUCCUAAUGUUAAAGGAAUGGAAGCUUUACUUAUAGAGCUUCAAAAAGUGAUUAGAGGAAAAAAGUAUAUGUUAGUUAUGGAUGAUGUAUGGAAUGAAAGUGGGGAGAAAUGGAAUGAAUUGAAACAUUUGUUAAUGGGUGGUGCAAGAGGGAGUAAGAUUUUGAUCACAAAGCGUGAUAAUAAAGUAGCUACAGAAAUCGAAAGUAUGACCUCUUUGUUAACUUUAGAAGGCUUACGUGAGAGUAAGUCAUGGUCAUUGUUUAGAAGUGUGGCAUUUAAAGAAGGCAACGAGCCUGCAAAUCCAAACUUGAUAAAGUUGGGAAAAGAAAUUUUAGUGGGAUGUGGAGGUGUUCCUCUUGUAAUAAGACAGAUAGGACGCUUGUUAUCCUCUACAACUUCAGAAAAAGAGUGGAUGUCCUUUAAGGAGAAUGAACUUUUGGAAGCCCUUCAACAAAAUGGUAUAGACAAUAAUUAUCCUAUGACAUCCAUAUUAAAAUUAAGCUAUAACCAUCUCCCAUCAAAUUUGAAGCCAUGUUUUGCCUAUUUAUCCUUAUUUCCCAAAGGGACGAGUUUAAAAAUAAAUGAUUUGAUUAGACAAUGGAUAGCUCAAGGUUUUAUAGAAUCAUCAAAUGGAAGUUAACAAUCAUAGGUUUAGAGCAAUUUCGGCACACUCCAUCUGAAGUGAGGUUAGUAAACCUGAAAGACAUUCAAGGUGUGCGAGAUUUGGUACUCGUAUGGAAACUGAGCGGCAGGGAUGACGAUGAAGACGAAGGGGGUAAGGGCGAUGAAAUAGUUCUGGAAGGCCUACAACCACAUUCAAAUGUUGAAUCCUUGAGCAUCGAGGGAUACAGCGGAGUAAGAUUACCCAAUUGGGUCACCUUCGGAAUGAACUGAGACAGAGUGAAAUAUCUACCUCAGUUGGGCCACCUUCGGACCCUCAAACAUUUGUACUUAGAUAACAUGAGAUCUCUCAGAUUCAUAGACAAGAAUGAGCCAUGCUCAUGCUCUAAUUUCCCAUCUCUCAAAGGUCUAAUUUUAGAAAACAUGGAUAAUUUGGAAGGAUGGUGGGAAUCAAGAGCAGGGGAUCAGACUCUUCCCGUUUUUCCUCAGCUUCGAUUCCUACGUAUCGAGCGCUGUCCCAAGUUAACCAUGCCCAAGAUAGCUUCCACUCAAGCAAGUGUUAGUUUAUGUGAUGUUGGUGUUGAGGUGGUGAGUGCAAUGGGUCCAUUGUGGAAUUUUGAGAUUGUAAGACUCUGCGAAAUUAAGGAUCUGAAAGAUCUAAAAAUGGAAUCUCAGCAAAGUUUGGGUUCUUCUUCUUUGGGUAUCCCAAUCCCACACAUGUCCAUGUCCUCGUCUAUACGGCUUCAACAUCUCAUAAUAGAGAAAUGCUCCAAUUUGAUGAGUCUAUCGGAAUGGAUUGGCACCAUCACUUCACUUGCUACGUUGUCUAUCACUGAAUGUCCGAAAUUAAAGUCACUACCGGAGGAAAUGCGACAACUCAAAUCUUUGGUAGAGCUCACCGUACGCGGUUGCCCUGAACUUGAAGGAAGAUGCAAGCAUGAACGAUAGGAUUGGCCUAAGAUUGCACACAUCCACUAUAAAAGUUUUACAGGAUCAAGCAGAGUGCAUCAGCUGGAAAGUAUAGCAGUUACAAUACCCGAAAUGGUGACAGAAACCAUCCAACAAUAUGGAAAUGAAGCUAAAAGUUGGGAAAUUAUACAAUCCAUAGUGGUUGGUGGUUUAUUUGAAUCCAUCACAAGUUUAGUCAUUGUAACCUCAGCAACAGCAGCCAAUAUCUUUGAUGGACAUGUAAUAGCUUUGGCAUUCACAAGCUUGAUUGCAGGAUUUUUCAUCAUCAGACGCGAUGUAUCAAUAACACUGAACGAGCACAGGCCUAGGACUGGAAUUUUUAGAGCUGCAUGGCAUUAUAAUUUCCAUUACGUAGUGGCUACGCUAUCAUUCAUAUUGUUUGGUAUGGUGGCUCCUUUGGUUUAUGCCUUGACGUUCCCAAACUCUGAUAAAAAAUUCCUAAACCUUGCGGCCACUGCCGGAGCCUCCCUUUUAUGCACUGCAUUGCUUGCUGCUCUGAAAGCACACGUUCAGAAGCUCAGACGACAGAUCGUCAGCUACAUCAGAACUACAGCCUCUUUCGUUUGCUUUGGAGCUGUGGCCUUCUUCUCGUCAUACUUAGCAGGCGCGCUGUUUGGAAAACUUGUCAACGAACUCGAUUGAUUUGAGUAUUAGUAACUCGGAGUUGAGUAUUAGUAGCCCUCUCCGAGUUGUAUUGUAUAAGAUAUCAAUUACUUUUCUUGAGGUCGGAUGUUGAACAAUCUUGUUGUACUAAAGAAUAAACCCUCCCCCAGGCCACCGACUUUAUUUGGCGACUCUCUAUCUUAUUUCUUAUAAUUGCUUACAUCCUCUUUCAUGAGUAACUUUAUAAAUUGAGGGUCUAUUUGGUAAUGUUCUCAA